UCAUUCGUCGGAAAAUUCAAGGAAAAUUCGUCGCGGAAAAGCCAGCGCGCGGAUAGAGUCGAGUCGGUGACUUUCACGGGCGACUUUAGGUUCGAGUUCUGUGCUGAAAUGCACUGACAAAUAAUUGCAUUUGUCCCUCGAGCUGCCGCUUUUUGUAAUCAUCCAACGACUCAGCUAAAUUUUAAACAAGUGCAGCGAAAAAUUAAAGUUUUUGCCAGUGCCACAAGUGCCGCCAAGUAAAGGGAAAACAAAAAAAACAGAACCAAGAAAACUCUGUAAAGGCAUUUCACAAAUUAAACAAUUGAAAGCGCAAAGUGUUGAGCCAACCCACCAACCCACCGAAAUGGCCGGCAUCCAGAGAAAUGUCUUCGCUGUUGGAUUACUUUAUCUGCUGAGCGGCGUUCAGGGCCAUCUCAACAUCUUUCUGAAUCUGCACGAGGUGCUGCGGCUAAUCGGCGUCUCCGCGGAGCUGUACUAUGUGCGCGAGGGAGCCAUCAAUGACUAUGCCCUAAACUUUGCCGUUCCCGUGCCGGCCAACAUCAGCGAUGUGACAUUCACCUGGCAGUCGCUGGUCGAGCAUCCGCUGCCGUACAGCAUCAAUAUAGCGACCUCGGAUACGGAUGUGCUGCCCCGACCGCUGCUGAACAUCUCGCGGAUUGGGGACGUGCCGCAGGAGCCGCAGACCUGGGGCAUUGCACUCAAGUGCUCGGGCACGCGCAAUGCCGAGGUCACCGUCACCAUCAACGUGGAGGUGAUCCUCGAUCGGGCGACCAACAACAACACGAACCUCAUCUUCAAGCGCAAGAAGAUCUGCCUGAAGGAGGAGCAGGACAGCGCCCACGAGGAGUACGACGACGACGAAGUGCUGCAGCCGGCCUUGGGCGGCCACGAGGAUGUUCAUUAUGUGGACCACAACGAGGAGCACGUGGUGGCCAACGGACACUUGGCACCCAGUGACAAGGAUCAUGACAAGGAGAAGCACCGGAAUUUAGCCACCCAGCCGCCGGUUAAUGUCGGUCGGGACAAUGGCAAUGCGGGCGGCUCCAGGCGGGACUUUGAUCCGAUGCUGAGGGAAAAUUUGGUGCCGCCGGCAAGCGGCCUGGUGACCCUCAUUGUGGGCGGCAUCCUGGCCCUGGUACUCGUGUCCACGCUAAUUCUGAUCGCCUACUGCGCCAAGGGUCCCUCCAAGCGCCAUCCCUCGAACGGGGUGCACUUGAUCAAGACCUCCAGCUUCCAGCGAUUGCCCACGAUCUCCUCUACGGCCCACAACUCGAUCUAUGUCUGCCCCUCGACCAUCACCCCCACAUACGCGACACUGACGCGGCCAUUUCGCGAAUAUGAGCAUGAGCCUGAGGAGUUCAACCGCCGUCUCCAGGAGCUGACAGUCCAAAAGUGCCGCGUGCGUCUCUCCUGCCUCGUUCAGGAGGGAAACUUUGGGCGCAUCUAUCGCGGCACUUACAAUGACUGUCAGGAGGUUCUGGUUAAGACUGUGGCGCAACACGCCAGCCAGCUGCAAGUGAAUCUCCUGCUCCAGGAGUCCAUGAUGCUCUACGAGGCCAUCCAUCCGAACGUGCUCUCCGUGCUGGGCAUCUCCAUCGAGGACUAUGCCACCCCGUUCGUGCUCUACGCGGCCACGGGCAGUGUUCGCAAUCUGAAGACCUUCCUGCAGGAUCCCUCCUACGCGCGCAGCGUGACCACCAUUCAGACGGUGCUGAUGGCCUCCCAGCUGGCCAUGGCCAUGGAACACUUGCACAAUCACGGCGUCAUCCACAAGGACAUCGCGGCCAGGAACUGUGUUAUCGAUGAUCAGUUGCGCGUGAAGCUGACGGACAGUGCCCUCAGUCGGGAUCUGUUUUCCGGCGACUACAACUGCCUGGGCGAUGGCGAGUAUCGACCCAUCAAGUGGCUCUCCUUGGAGGCCCUGCAGAAGUCCCACUACAACGAGGGCAGCGACGUCUGGUCCUUCGGCGUGCUCAUGUGGGAGAUGUGCACGUUGGGCAAGCUGCCCUACGCCGAAAUCGAUCCCUACGAGAUGGAGCACUAUCUGAAGGAUGGCUAUCGCCUGGCACAGCCCUUCAACUGUCCCGACGAGCUCUUUACGAUUAUGGCCUAUUGCUGGGCCUCCAUGCCCGCCGAGCGGCCCUCGUUCAGCCAGUUGCAGAUCUGCUUGUCGGAGUUCCACACCCAGAUAACCAGAUAUGUUUAACCAGCGGUGCUGAAGCAUGCCAAGACCUGUAAAUACAACAAGAGGCGACGUCGCAAGAUAUUCCAACAGACCACGUCGUCCACUCUGUUCCCAAAGACAUAUUUAAAUGGUAGCGCCUAGAGGCGGGGCCCACCGAUUGCCCCGCACACACAUUAUGAUAGUUAUUUAUGCAAACAGGAGUGGGAGCAGACGACGAUCUUCGCCCCAU